AAAGUCCGGUAUUACGGAGUUCUUUGGCAGAUGAAGUUUGACCUGUUUGUGUUCAGCGUUACACAUUAAGUUUGAUAUCGGGAGCUGUCAGGGAGAAUUUCCAGAUAUGUGCAGAGCGAACCUGCAAAUAUACCUGCGGGGAUGGAUCCUGUUAAACGACAAGUUCUGACCAUCAGACACUUGACAGACGAGCUGUCCCUGGACAAGACGAAUUCAAGACCAACUGUUGGAUUCAUUGGAUUUGCUGACUGACUGAUUUAGCUGUACACACUGAAGCAGGAUUUAGAAGGCUGUUAUCGAGAUCAAAUGGAUACUUCAUCAUCAUCAGAAAACUGGUUCAAGAGAAGGCAGGGGUCAGCAAAGACAGAGAAUAAGCAUGGCGGUGGACCGAAGGGACAUGGUACUAGUGGUGUUCAACAGCCAAGAGGAAGCAAAAGUCACCAAACAGACAUGGCCAGAAAGAGACACACACCUGAGAGUAGUGAAAAGCAUUUACAGCAUAGAUCUGAGCCUGCUUCCAGUGACAGAAGGAUGAACAGGAGAUCAGUGGACACACCCAGAAGAGGUUAUAGGGCAACUAGACCUUCUACAUCUUCGCGUGAGAGACCCAGAUCAGCAGUUACGAGUAGUAGCAGCAGCAGCGCAUUUGAAGUGAAGCUGUCGGAUUUUCCCGAGCUUUCCAGUGAAGUUACCUCCAGCAACCCAAAACCUGCCUUUACCCAAAAAACCCGGUCAUGCUGGGGUUCAAGCACCUCACCAGCCCUUCAGGAUUCAACAGGAGACCAAAAUACCUUCCAGAACACGGAUACACCAACACCAGGAAAGAAAGGACCAAAACAAAAAUCAAACCAGCAAGUCACUGCAACAGAAAAGAGUCAUAGUGAAUUAACUGUAACACAAGGUCAGGACACUGGCCUUAGUUCACCCCAUUCUUAUGGAUCACCAGCAACAUCCUGGGCCAACAUUGCCUCUCAGCCUCCUAAAGUCGUCCAAAAAGGUUCUGCCACACAUGAUACCUCUCAGGUGGAAAAGUCUCAACGCACUGACCAAAUUACUGAAAAAAAGAAGAGGAAGAAAAAGAAGAAAUCUAAAGCAGCAUCUGAGGAAAUGGAGCACCAGACAGACAGUGUUGUACCGAUGGUGGUUGCACAGCAAGAGCCUCCCAAGUUUGAGGAUGAAGAGGAGUUCCCAGACCUUUCCUUUGCUUUUGUAAAUAUUCAGAAAGGGCCGAGGCACACAACACAAGCAGUUCAGGAUAAUGGAUCAAUAUCUGAGAAAGUGGGUACAUCUGUGCAACCAGAGAGUUCAAAUAAGAGUAAAGCCACUGCUGGGAAGCCCACCCCCACUGAUUCUAAGAAAGCACAGCAGGCAAGUCAGAAGAAGAGCAAAGCUCUUGUGCAGCUUGACCUUGGAAACAUGCUGGCAGUUCUGGAGCAGAAGCAGCAGUCUCAGAAAUCUAAACAGGAUGUUAAACCAAUAACCCUCUCAGUUGGAGGAGCACUACCAGUUGUUCAUAAAGAACCAGCAGCUCAAAAGAAGCAUCCUUGGCAGCAAGAGAGGAUUGCUCACAACCCCCUGGAUUCUACAUGCCCUCUAGUGAAAAAGGGGAAACAGCGAGAGGUCCCUAAAGCCAAAAAACCAACACCCCUUAAAAGAGUUAUUCUGAAAGAGAGGGAAGAAAGAAAGCAGAACCGCUUGCUAGAGGAGAGAGACCCAGCCAAAAUAGUGGAUGAAUCCAGUCCAGCUGAAUCACAUUCCAACGAGCAUCCAGAUGAGACCAGUUCAGUGGAACCACAGGAACUUACAAGCGAUCUCACUGGACAUGUUGAUGCUGAGGAGGAGCCAGACCAAACAAGCCCACAGGUCAUCAGCACAGAAGAAGAAACUGCUGCAGAAGAAAAUGCACCUUUGAAAAUCUGUAAUCCAGAUACCAGCCUCGAUCGACCUAAAAUCCACAGCAGAAAAUUCAGAGAAUACUGCAGCCAGAUGCUGAGUAAAGACGUAGAUGAAUGUGUGACCACUCUGCUCAAGGAACUGGUGAGGUUCCAGGAUCGGCUGUACCAGAAGGACCCCAUGAAGGCCAGGAUGAAGAGACGGCUGGUUAUGGGACUCAGAGAGGUUCUAAAACACCUGAAGCUCAGGAAAGUCAAAUGCGUCAUCAUUUCUCCGAACUGUGAGCGCGUACAAUCUAAAGGUGGUCUAGAUGAGGCUCUUCACACCAUCAUCGAUACGUGCCGGGAGCAAGGUGUUCCCUUCGUCUUUGCCCUGUCGAGGAAGUCUUUAGGACGCUGUGUGAACAAAGCUGUUCCUGUGAGCCUGGUUGGCAUCUUCAACUAUGAUGGAGCACAGGAUCAUUACCACAAAAUGAUUGAGCUCACAUCUCAGGCCAGGAAAGCCUAUGAGGUUAUGAUUUCUAGUCUGGAGGUACCGUCUGAGGAACAGCAGGAAGAAGAGAAUGAUGCACUACAGAACGCAAUAGAGUCUACAGAGUCAAUACCAGAGCCACCGGCAGCAGAGGAGCCUGAGUACAUAAAAAUCUGGAAGAAAAUGCUGGAAAAGGACUACAAUCACAAGUUUUUGGCUUUCGAGGAGCAGUUUUCAUCAGUCGCCAUCAGCACAGCUGCAGACACACUGCCAGACGACCAUGAAGGAAGUUGAUCAUUUACAAGUAGCAUAACUGACUAGCUUACAAACUAGCUUUUGUAAAGAUUCCACAAUGAUGGAUUGUGGAUUUCUUCAUGUAUUUAAAUAAUUGUUCAUAUUUUUAUGAAUGUAAAUGUUUACCAAUUUGCACUUGCAACCCUGUAAUAUGUGACUUUAUCAGAUGAAAUAUAAUGUAGAACUGUAGAGUCUCAUUACAGUUGUUCAGUACUGACUGAGACUUAUAACCUGAUUUUUCAUUUUUAUUUUAUUAUUACUUUUUUUUUUUUUUAGAUCUCAACUCUGUGAAUGAAUUAUAAAGGGGUUUAAGGGGUCAUACAACACUAAUCAUAUAAGCAGUGUUGAAACCUGUCAGUCUGUGUUGUCUUACACUACCCUUAACAUUAGAAAAGAGCUUGAGCAGCAGAUUUAUUUGAAUAAUGAACUAUUCAGUUAUUAAUAAUGGAAAUAUAAGUAAAUAUUUUUUUGACUGGUCUAAGAAUGAUUAUAUAAUUUGAAUAAAAAAAUAUAACUGAUCACCACAA